UCUUGAGAAUGUAGCUUUGGAAAUAAAAUAGUAAUGAACAUUACAAAAAUGCAUAUAGGCAUAUUUAUGUUCUUGCUACUGCUAGCUUGCAUUUAUCCGUCGAGAUCGUUUACUGGAUUUCGGAUUGAACCACAAAAUAACCGGCAACCGGAGGGUGGAGUAGCUUUUUUUACGUGUAUUGUAGUUGAUCUUAAUGAUAAGGAAUACGUUUCGUGGAUUCACGAUGGUAAGAAAAUUAGUGAAGAUGGAAGAAUUCUUGACAAAGAAUUAGAUGAUAGAUAUAAUAUUAUAGAUGGUAAUGCUUUGCUUGGUACAUUUAAUUUGCAUAUUCGAGACGUUCAAAGAAAAGAUAGUGGAACAUUUGUUUGUGCUGUGUUUAAACGCAAAAAUCAGUUGUUAGCUGGGACGCAGCUUGUAAAUUUAACUGUGCUACAAAUUCCUCAAGAACAUUAUCCACUUUGCUCUCCCAUCUCAGCAAGUUAUAAAAUUGGAGAAAAUAUUAUUGUUACCUGUAAAUCAGAAAUAACAGACCCUCUUGCGGAUUUGACAUGGAAACGUAACGAGGCUGAAGUUUGGUCUUCAGAAGUUGAAGCAUCUAUCGAUAGGGAUGCUUAUAUAAUAUCAUAUUCAUUCAUUGCCAGUGAAAGUGAUCAAAGAUCUACAUUUACGUGUGAAAUGUCUACCUCGGCAAAUUUAGCUAUUCGUCGAAAUUGCAGUAUUGGACCAAUUAACAUACUUUAUGCUCCAAAGGUGUGGAUCAAGCAAACCAAUGUCCCUAGACUCGGAACAGAAGCAAUCUUUAUUUGCUACAGUGAUUCAAAUCCACAGGAUGUAACAUUCAAAUGGAACUUUAAUCCACCACUCGAUGAAGACAUGUAUAAAUUAGAAAAUGAACGCAUUUUAAGAAUUAUCAACACCCAAAAAGAUAUUAACGGUACAAUUAUUGAAUGUAAAGUAACAAAUUCCAUGGGAAGUCGGUCACAGACUUUUAAAAUCAUCGUUUUUAGUUCUAGCUCAAAGGAUGCUAAAAGUCCAUUGAAAAAGGAGGAAACAAAAACAGGAAGUGAAGAGAGUAGUUUAGACACAGAAAAGACCAAUAGUAAACAUACAAAUCUAGAAACUAUCGACUCUGUAAACAACAACAAAACGAAUGAAGACUUCUCAAUAUCACUUAUUAUUGCCAUUGCAGUGGCAUGCAUCAUAGUAAUUUUGGGCCUAGCUCUAAUACCCGUCGGCUACAUGAGAUAUACAAGACGACAGCCAAGUGACACCGUCAGUAGAGGAAGACCUGUUUCUAUUCCUGAUGUAUACUUCGAGCCUAAGGAUCACGUGGAUCCUAUGUUACCACAGUUAGGUUUAUCAGCUCCAUGGAUGAGGACAGUUGGAGUUCAAGUUCCUGGUGAAUGUGAAUAUGAUGUGACGUAUACACAAGUAUCACCCCAGUCACGUCAGGCAUACUAUUCACAAAGGAUGUACACGGCGGCAUCACUUUGAGUUCUAUUAUUAUUUUCCAACGUAUUAAGAACCAGUA